AUGGAGGCUUUGGUGUGUACCCAAGAUUGGUUAAGAUAUUCCGAACAAGAGCGUGGGAGUGUUGAAGAACAACUUGAAGAGCUUGAGGAAAUUGAAAUUUGUAUCCAAGUCAAGUGGUCUCCAUUCCAAGCCAAGUCAAAUGGUCUCAAUUUCAAGCCAAGUCAUGGAGACCAAAUUACAGCCAAGUCAAGUGGAACUCAACUCCACAAGGUCUAG